AUGGAAAAGAAACUUCAUGCAAAAGAUGAAGUCAUUGAAGCAAAAGACAAAAGCAUUCAGAAAAGAAUACCACGUUCGGUACCAAAAGGAAAGGAAAAGAACUAUAAGUAUAUGAUUUAUACUGAAGAGAUGGAAAAUGAAGAAGACAGAGAUAUGGUUAUGUUGCAUUUAGUCAGAAGAAACAACAAAAGCUUUUACGACCUUGCUAAGAUUUACAAAUCUGACAGAAAUUGGUUCUAUCGCGAAAACUUACCGAUUUCAAUGACACCGAAUGAAGAUGUGAAACAAAUAGUUCAAGAUACGUUACCUCAAACACACUAUGAUAUGAAAGGUUGUACAAUUCUUACCUUCAAAGAAGACUUACCGCUACUGAAAGAAAAAAUAACAGAGUAUUUUGACAACUUCAAACAAGCAGAGUAA